AUGUCCUGGAGCGAGCUAGCUGCUUCUAUGUUCCUGUUACUAUCAAAGUACAUACCCUGCCUCGACACUGUACACAUCUAUAUCGUGCCAACAACCUGUGCAUCAUCUCAUGUAGGACUCAAAGAGAAGGCUGUUGUCGUCACGUCUCGUAGCGAAGAAGCCGCUGCCCCAGUGGAGACCGUGGAGGCUGAACCAGAACCAGAAGCUAUUGUUGAACCCGACCCUGUCCCAGUGGAAGAUGUUGUUGAAGCUGUUGUGGCAGAGGAAACAACUGCACCACCUCCAGAGCCUGAACCUGAGGUAGAAGAUGAGCCUGAGGUGGUCGCAUCUGAGCCUGAACCAGAACCAGAACCUGAGGCUGAACCAGAACCAGAGCCUGUGGAGACAACUGAGGUGUUUGAGGAGGAUCCAGAGGUGCUGGAGGAGGAGCCUCUUGCUGUAGAGGAGGAUGCACCCGUUGAGGAGGACGCUCCAGCUGAGGAAGAACCAGCAGCUGAGGAGACUGCAGUAGAGGAGGCAGUGGAGGAACCUGCUGCUGAGGAGGAGGCCGCUGCAGAGGAGGUGGCUGAGGCUGCAGAGGAGGAGAGCGCUCCUUCAGAAGAAGCUGUCGAAGAGCCAGCUGAACAAGAGGAGGCUGCUCCUGCAGAGGAAGCUGCUGAGGAGGAACCUGAAGAGGAGGCAGAAACUUAUGACGAAGCCGUUGAGGAUGUAGCAGCAGCAGCAGCAGAGGAGGAGGAGGAGGCAGUUGCUGCAGAGGAACCUGUGGAGGAGGCUGCUGAAGAGGAGACGGUUCCAGAAGAAGCUGUUGAAGACGUAGCGGACGAAGAGGAGGAGUUGGCACCUGCAGACGAACCUGCUGAGGAACCCGCUGAGGAACUUUCCGAUGAACCCGCUGAGGAACCCGCUGAGGAACUCGCUGAGGAACCCGCUGAGGAACCCGCUGAAGAAGAGGAGGCAGCUCCUUCAGAAGAACCGGUUGAGGAGCAGGCAGAAGAGGAGGCUGCAGAGGAAGCUCCUGAAGAAGAAGUAAUGGAGGAGCAGACAGUACCAGUCACAGAGACAGAAGAAGAAGAAGCAGCACAAGAAGUAGAGGAGGCAGCAGAAGAAGCAGCAGAGUUUGUUGAGACAGAGGAACAGAUUCAGGAUGAGCCCACAGAAACGUAGAGGCUGCAGUGGUCGCCACGGUGACGGAGCAGGGACCCACUGAUGCUGCAUCAACACCAUCUGAGCAUGCUCAGAGCGAUGAUGCAUCUCUCCACCUCCAGAGAAGCGAUUGAGUCGUCAUGACAACACUCGCCUCUCUCUCUCUCUCUCCCCCCUCCUCCCUCUGUUCUCACCCCUCUGAAACCUCCUUUUAGUGUAAAUGUGUGAGAUGAUGGAUGAGCUGUUUACUAAUACGGUACUCCUGUUUUUACCCUCCUUGUGUUUCAUUUGAGUUCUUCUUCCUCCCUAUGUAGAACACCUGUUUCCAUUUUUGUUCAGGGUGUUUUAGUUGUGUGUAUGUGUGUGUGUGUCUGUGGCCAUGUUUCCAGGCCGUGUGAAGUGUGUGUGCUGUGUCCGUUACAGUCGGUCUACCAGAGUCUUCUGAAAGAGCUGUCACAUCAAACCAGUCUACGACUUUUUUUCAGCUGCGUAAUUUGGCUUCCUGGAGCGAAACUCUGUUGCCAAGCAAAUAGAGGCCAAAGUUGACGUCUAAAGACAAAUCAGUAGUUUCAUAACAGCCUCUAAGUUAGAAGACUCUGGUGUUAAUGGGUUCAGAAGCUUCACACUUUUAAAGGCCGCAGCAUCAAAAUCAGAAACCUCACUGUGAACACUGCAGAAUGUCUCAGCUGGUGUCUCCUUUUACGUUUUUGUUCUCUGAAUCAAAUCAUUUGUGCCCCUUUAUUGCAGCAUUGUUGACAGAUGUAGAGAAGCAGCUCCACAGCAGUGGAGAUUCUAUGCAAAGGUGUUGUGAUGCGUGUCACCCGCCUCCCCCACCCUCCUCCCCCAGCCACUUCAGUUACCACUCAGUAUGUGUGGCCUCCAGGAUGAGCCAUAUGCACAUGAACUCAGAGAGAAAGCUGUGUGUGUUUGUUUGACUGUGAUGUUCUUAAGUGUGCGUUGACAAAUCUUCUGCUAAUCAUUCCUUUCUGUGAGCCGUAGUCAGGAUGUUAGAUUUGUGUUUACCUCCUCUUCUUCUUCUUCUUCUCUGACUAUAUGAACCUCUGUGUGUGUGCUUGUGUGUGUUCUGUAGAUUCAUAGCUGUUUUGUUUUUUCCAUAUUUUCUCAUUUGAUUGCGAGACCAUUGAAUAAGUUAACUUCAGCUCUUUGAGUUUGAACUGUGAUGUUAAUGAGGACACCACGGACGGUGCAGAAGUUCCUCUCCCCCCAAACACCAGCGAUAGACGGGUCCCUUUGGGAAGCCCAGCAUGCAGAUUCAAUCAGGAUAGAAGCAUUUUAACCCUGUGUGAGCCAAAUAAGAGCAUUUUGUAUCCAGACUCUCCUUUUUUUUUUUUUAAAGUCUGGCUCACAGAAGGUUAAACAGAUAAGGCGCCAUGUUCCUGUGGAGAUCUAGAUGUUAGUUUUUACCAUGCGUAACUUCACUUUGUUAAAGGGAAACUUGGUGACUUUUCUUUAUACGUCGCUUUUCUUUUACACAACAGAAAAUAAUCUCGGUUGUGUGUGCGUCCCACAGUAGCAGGGGCAUCAUCUUACACACCACCCAACAUGUAAAGAAAGCCAAAUAAGAGCAUUUUCUUUCUUAUUUCUGAGGCCAGAUCUGCAGGUAAACAUCUUUUCUGUGCCUCUGUUUUCAGUGUACGUGACCCUGUAUGGGAUGAAAUCUGAGCAUCACGUUAAUAUGAUGAAAUACUGACAGUAAAAGAUGUGUCGAAGUUGUAGAAGUCAUUACAACACACUACAUUUAGUGGGAUUAGUGGGUUUUGUUGGUGUCACAGUCCCACUUUGUGUCUGUAGUCCUCACAUACUGUAACUACCACGUUUGUUAGGGAUGAAACACAUUCCAGUCGUGUGCAGUAGCUGUUUUUGUAGUAAGUCUCGUCCUAUCCCCCCCCCUAAUGUAACACUAGCUGGUCUUUUCUACUUAACACUUUGUAAGUCAAUGUGAAGUGUAAAACCUUUUUAACAUUGAAGAUUACAGUCUUUACCAAGAGAGAGCUUCUAGAUUUUUAAAAAAAGGAACAUUUUUAAAAAGAACUCGGAGAAAUGAAAAAAAAAGAACACAACUUUCUGUAAAUGCUUUAAAAAGCUUUUUACAAAGCCAUAAGCUGUUUGUUGACAGGCAGGUUUGAGGGGGGCUGCGCUACUUCAGGACAAACUUUGAUUCUGUAACGAAACAAAAAAAGAAGAGCAAUAAAGCAAAAAAGCAGCAGAGAAACCAGGCUGCAGCAACCCCACGAAGCAGACUGUCCAGUUUCUCACGACGAAUCUUUGAUCAGAAGGUGUGUCCAUGCUGUAACGGGUUAUGAUAGUUCUGCAGCUUUGUUUCCAGGAAAAGCAGACGCUGGUAAAAAUACCACAUGUAGGGAAGAUUAACAAUGGGUGGGACAAAAUGGAGAAACAAACUGGCCUGGUGUUUGCCUCACGGUGUUGUCUGUCAGUCACAACCUUCAGCCUGCAGGUCUGAUUCAGGCCUGCAGACUCUUACUGUGGUGAAUAAAUUAUUGUGAAGUACUGAUGGAUUGUUUCAAGGAGAUUUGAAGUGGCACCAUUUUCUGUAAAUGAUCUGUUCUGGGAGCUGCAAUAAAAGGUUUGGGACAACAAAGA